AUGUUCUCUACAAAAGAGCUGUUGAUAUUUCUUUGUUUAAUUGUUGGGCUUCAUUCCAACAGUUAUUGCUAUGAGCCUAAUCGCCAAGCUGUAAGAAACCAAAAUCAAAGAGGCCAAGGAAACCUAAACAUGCCACAGCAGGCUGUAGGGAACAGUGUUUGUCGGUUUGCGUGUUGCUUCUACAAAGAGAUUUCUUCUCGUGAAAACAGUGGGAAUAUUUUCUUCUCUCCUUUGAGCAUCUCUACUGCCUUUGCAAUGCUGACUCUGGGUGCCAGAACAGACACUCUGACACAGAUUCUUAGAGUCCUUAGCUUUAACCCACGUGAGAUUUCUGAAAAUCAAAUACAUGAAGGUUAUCGACAACUCAUGCAGAUGGUAAACAGAAAGAAUGAGGGGUUACAGCUGAAUAUGGGAAAUGUCCUGUUUGUGCUUGACCGACUGAAGCCACAAGAGAAAUUUUUAAAUAGUAUCAGAAACUUCUAUGAAGGAGAAGCUUAUCCUAUGAACUUCAAGAGGGCUGAUCAAGCCCAGAUAAAGAUCAAUGAAUAUGUAGCAGGAAGAACCAAUGGGAAAAUUAAGGACCUCAUAAGUAACCUUGAUCCACUUACUGAAAUUCUCCUUAUCAGCUAUAUUUAUUUUAAUGCUGAAUGGGAAAAACCUUUUGACCCAAAAUACACUAAAAAGAACAAAUUCUUUGUGAGUGGGAACAAGGCUGUUGAAGUCCCGAUGAUGUUUGGAAUGGGCCAGUUCAAGCAUGGCUAUGACGAACAGCUGUCUUCCACUGUGGUGCAAAUGGAUUACAAAGGAGGUGCUUCAGCAUUUUUUAUUCUGCCUGAUCAAGGAAAAAUGAGGAAGUUGGAGAAAAGAUUGUCUUGUGAACGUAUGUCAAGGUGGAGGACAAUAGUCUCAAAAAGCAACUCAGCAAAUUUGUAUCUUCCGAAAUUCACUCUUUAUGGGACAUAUAACCUAAAAAAUAUAUUAUAUAAAAUGGGCAUCAUGGAUGUAUUCACUGAUAAGGCUGACCUCUCUGGGAUCACUGGGCAGCCCCAGCACAGAAUUUCCCAGGCUAUUCAUAAGGCUGUGGUAAAGGUGGAUGAGACUGGCACCGAAGCAGCAGCUGCCACAGGCAUGGAAAUAGUGCCUAUGUCCGUUCCAGAUACCAUUAUAUUUAACAGGCCCUUCCUAUUAGUCAUAACUAUGGACAACACUAUUCUCUUCAUGGGAAAAAUUGUGAACCCUCUGAAAAAAGAUUAA